CCAAUCUUUCUCUUCUCUCUCUCCCCCCAACCACCACUCUCUUUUCAAACCCCCGUCGCCAUGGACCCUGUGAAUGCGUGGGGAAACACUCCCUUGGACCAAACCGACCCCGAAAUAUUCGACCUGAUCGAAAAGGAAAAGAGAAGGCAAUGCCGCGGGAUCGAACUCAUCGCAUCAGAAAACUUCACAUCAUUUGCAGUCAUCGAAGCAUUAGGCUCCCCAUUAACCAACAAAUACUCUGAGGGCAUGCCCGGAAACCGAUACUACGGCGGCAACGAAUACAUCGACCAAAUCGAAAACCUGUGCCGCAGCCGAGCUCUGCAGGCGUACAGACUGGACCCAUCUUCAUGGGGUGUGAAUGUGCAGCCGUACUCUGGAUCACCUGCAAACUUUGCAGCAUACACUGCAUUGCUGAACCCACAUGACAGAAUAAUGGGUCUGGAUCUUCCAUCGGGCGGGCAUUUGACUCAUGGGUAUUACACUUCUGGAGGGAAGAAGAUAUCUGCUACUUCUAUCUACUUUGAGAGUCUGCCGUACAAGGUGAAUUCGAGUACCGGGUAUAUCGAUUAUGAGAAGAUGGAAGAAAAGGCGUUGGAUUUCAGACCAAAGUUGAUCAUUUGUGGGGGCAGUGCUUAUCCUAGAGAUUGGGAUUACAAGAAGAUUAGGGAAAUUGCUGAUAAGUGUGGCGCUCUUAUGCUCUGUGAUAUGGCCCACAUCAGUGGCCUUGUUGCUGCCCAGGAAGCUGCAGAUCCGUUUGAGUACUGUGAUGUGGUUACAACCACCACUCACAAAAGUCUCAGGGGACCAAGAGCUGGUAUGAUCUUCUACCGCAAGGGUCCAAAACCACCAAAGAAAGGUCAAGCAGAAGGUGCAGUUUAUGACUUUGAAGACAAGAUUAACUUUGCUGUUUUCCCUGCCCUUCAAGGUGGCCCACACAACCACCAGAUCGGUGCACUAGCUGUCGCGUUGAAACAGGCCAUGUCUCCUGGCUUCAAGGCUUAUGCUAAGCAAGUUAGAGCCAAUGCCGUGGCAAUUGGUAACUACUUGAUGAGCAAAGGAUACAAGCUUGUCACUGGUGGAACUGAGAACCAUCUUGUUUUGUGGGAUCUUCGCCCUCUUGGCUUGACCGGCAACAAGGUUGAGAAGCUUUGUGAUCUUGCUAACAUCACUGUGAACAAGAAUGCCGUGUUUGGUGACAGCAGUGCAUUGGCUCCAGGAGGUGUUCGCGUUGGUACACCUGCAAUGACAUCAAGGGGUCUAGUUGAGAAGGAUUUCGAGCAGAUUGGAGAGUUCCUUCACCGUGCAAUUCAGAUCACUUUAAGCAUCCAGAAAGAGUUCGGGAAACUAUUGAAAGAUUUCAACAAGGGUUUGGUGAACAACAAGGAAAUUGAACAACUUAAGCUUGAUGUCGAGAAGUUUUCUGGAUCUUUUGACAUGCCCGGAUUUUCUUUGGCUGACAUGAAAUACAAGGAUUAAGUUUUUGAAGACGACUUGAUCACAUUGUUUCUGUUGUUAGUAGCAUUUGUGGGGUUUUUGAUUCUACAAAAAGAAUAUUUCGUCAAAGAUGUAUGAUAUGAUUUGGUUGGAAGACAAUAAGGUCUCACAUGUCAUUCACUAUUUCACUUCCACUUAUAGAUUACUGAUUUUAUUGUAUUUCUGAAUUUAGUAGAAAAGGAUUUGUCUUAUUUGGUCUGAAAUAUGUCAUCUGAACAAGUUUUUGUAAUCUAUUUCUAUGCAUUUUAUAUUUCAUCUGCAGUAUGUUUUAUAUCA